AUGAUCGUUCAAUCGGCACCUCUUAUAGUAAAAGACCGGAAUCAACCUAAUCGAGAAUGUCUUUAUGCAUGGUAUCCAGAGAUUGCACCUCAUGCAAAUACGACAACAACAAUAGGACCACGAGAUGUUUAUAUUUAUAAAGGCAUAGACAAAGAUCUUUUACAGCAAAAUUCACAAACAAGCGGAUCAAUCAACAAUAAUGAUAGUAAUCUUGAUGUUGUACAACGUUAUAAACAAAGUAUGGCACCGAGCCAACGUGCAUAUCAUUCACCUGAUACACUUGAUGAAGCAUUACGAACACCAUGGGCAUUACAUUAUGAAAUAGAACGACGACCAGCUACACCAAAUUUUCCAUCACAAUCUACUGAUAUACCAAUACGUGAAGAAAUACCACGUCGUCUGAAGAGUGCUCCAGUUGUUCGUUCACUUCCAUCAACAUCCGUUCUUACUAUUCCUGAGCCACGAUUUGUAACUCCGAUGAUUCCAGUUCAUACAGUUCAAACACCUCAAUCACUAUCAGUAGACAAACCUAGAAGUCGAGCUUCAUCUGCUAAAGCACGUCUUAGUACAACAGUCUCGCGUAAUAAUGAACAAAUGAAUGAUGUUCAACAGCAACGUCGAGAAAUUAAAUCAGCACCAAGAAUUCAACAACAAAUUGAAAUUAAAUCAGUGAAUGGAGAUAAUCAGAAUAGUUCUACACAAGUUUAUGUUGAUACAAUAAUAAACCAACCAGGUUUAUCUAUUGCUUCAACACCACCAUCACCAUCACCAGCUGUUUAUGUCUAUCAAAAAUCUGCUAGUUGGUGUGGUAAUGAACAACAACCCCUUCGUACGACAGCUGAAAUAAAUCCUACUCCAGUCAAUCCAUAUUAUGUUCGUCGAUCAGGUGUUGUUUCAGCUAAAAAUGUUACGAAAAAAGCUGUUCUACGAGAAAAUUCAUUUACAAAACAAUCAAAUAGACAUCGUAGACGGCAUUAUCAACAUCAUCAUCAUCAACAAGAUAAACGAAAUCAACCAUUAAUUGCUACAACACCAAUACCACAAUCAGGCAAAUAUCCAUUUGAAAUCGACGGUACCAAAUUACUCUAUGAUCCAACAUUAAAAUUAGAUGAUUCAUCAUCUAAUUUAAAAAAAUAUCUUAUUGAAGGUCGUUUAUAUUUAAUAAAAAAUCAACGUUAUAAUGUUAUAGAAACUGUUGAACCAAUACCGACAACAAUCACUGAAACAAAUACUCAAGAGUUAACUCUUCCUCCACGUCCAAAAUAUUAUCAAACAAUUCCGGUUGAAAAAUUUCAAAUACCUAAACCAGCACCAGAAGUACAUUAUAAUGCAAAUGAAACCUAUUUUUAUAAUACAAUGCCAAAACGUGUACAUCGUUAUGUAAUCGAUCCAAAUUUUAUUUCUGAAAAUCUUAAUAUCAAUAAAAUGUCUUUAUCAAAAAGACCUUUAACCGCAACUGUUGUUCCAUCAUCAAUGAAUGAUAUUAAUCGACAAUCAACUGUUUAUGCAUGA